AUGGCGGCGCUGGCGCGCCCGUACCGGAUCCCCGCUCUGCCGGAGGAGGAGGAAGACGAGCAGGUGGCCACGCAGUGCACGAGGCAGACGUGCGGGACGUGCAGCGCGUCGGCGGUGGCGAGCUGCGUGGCGCUGUGCUGCUGCCCGUGCGCCGUGGUGAGCUGCCUCACGCUGGCGCUCGUCAAGGCGCCCUACGUGGCGGGCCGCCGGUGCGUGGCCAGGAUCGCCAGGAGGCGGCUCCGGAAGGCGAGGACGAGGCGCGUCCGCGACCUGAACGACGAGCACGAGCAGCAGCAGGGCCCGUGGCGAAGCAAGGAGCUGUGGGGCGACGACCUGCCUCGUGCGGCCGUGGACUGCGCCGACGACGGCGGCAGCAGGACGAAGGUGAGCUCCAGGAUGGACGUGUCCGAGAAGGUGUGGGUGGACAUGUACCAGGUCGGGCUCUGGGGGUUCGGCCGGCUGUCUUUCUCGGCGGCGAUCGGAGGCGGAGGCGACUCCGAGAAGGACGGCGACACUACUGCACCUGAGUCCUUGAGUAAGGCGGGCACUGGUUCACCCUAG